AUGUCUUUACGUAGAUUUCGUCUUCUUUUGCGCGCAUUACGUUUUGAUGACUCUGAUACACGUGAAGAUCGAAAAAAACUUGAUAAAGUGGCACCAAUCAGGGAAAUGUUUGAUGGAUUUAUUGAUAGGUCUAAAAAUUACUACAAUCUUAGUUCAAAUGUAACUAUAGAUGAAAUGUUAGAAAGUUUUCGUGGGCGUUGUUCUUUUCGUCAAUAUAUGCCGAACAAGCCUGCGAAAUAUGGUAUAAAAGUGCACGCGUCAGUCGAUUCUGAAACAUACUAUGUAUACAAUAUGGAAAUAUACGCAGGUCAACAACCAGAAGGUCCGUAUAAAGUAGAUAAUAGUGCAAGCGCGGUAAUCAAAAGAUUGAUAGCUCCCAUAUCUAAGUCUGGAAGGAAUAUUACUUGCGAUAAUUGGUACACUUCAUUUCCUCUGGCAAAUGACCUACUAAAAAUUCAUAAUUUGACAAUGGUCGGGACUGUGAGAAAAAAUAAAAGGGAAAGACCUCCAUUAUUUACUCAAAAACUAAAAGAAAGACCCAUCAACUCAACAAAAGUAUUAGUUCUGCAAGAAAUGAAAAAAAGAGUACAAACUCAAAGUAUUCCGAUUCAAAUAAAAAAUAGAAUACAUGAGAUUACUGGCACAAAACAAGAAAAAUUUGAAAAACAAGGUGUACCAGGAAGAUGUGGUUAUUGUGAUUGGCGAAAAAAUAGAAAAACUAAAACUGUAUGUGGAAUAUGUGAAACAUAUAUUUGCAAAGAGCAUAGUGGACAAACAGUAUGUGUUAACUGUCAAAAUUCAAUUGAGGAACAUUCAGAAUAA